AUGAGGAUAGCAGAAAAAAUGAAGAAACUACCACAUAUUAUAGUGGCUUUAUUUCUGCUCAUCACGCCCGCAUCUCGAGGCAAGCCAGUAACUUCACGUAAGUUUCUUUAUACUGUUAUAUCGCAGUAUUAUAAUUACAGCAGGUACAGACUACAGUAGAAGUUUGCAAAGCAGGAUCUUCAGACACCUUCAGACAUUGAGUACCUUUGUUGUUUAUACUUGAGCUUUACUCUAUGACUUUAAGAAUUAAUCAGGAGAACGUUUUUAUUAAUUGUGUAGCACCCAUUCCGUCUCCAAUUUUUUCUUUAAGACAGUUCAUUGAGUAUUGUGUUAAUAUGUUAGGUCCUAUAUUUUUCUCCCCAACAACAACUAAUAAAAUAAAAAUCAAACUCUACUAAGUACUGUGAUGGCAGUUGUUGGAAACAUUUUUAUGGUUAUUCAUUUGGCUUGUAGUAUUUGUAAUGAAGAGAAACAGACACAAGUACAUAUAUGUACGGUUUUUUUGUACACUAACAUUGACUGUCACUCAGCAUCAGACUAUCGUUUCUAGUUUUCUAUUUAUGUUUAAAUCAAUCAAAAUAUUUAAUGAAGCUGUCUAACCAACUAACUAUACUUAACUAAAAUAUACAUGUAGGCCCUUGCAUGAGGAUCUAGAGGUUAACCCUACGAUUUGAACUCCCUAAGAUAAUUAGUCACUAUAUUAAAAAGUUAUACUUAAAGAUUGGGUAUUCGAUAUUUUAUUUCUAAAACCUGACAAAACAUGAACAGCAGGUGAAGGGUGGAUAUUAUAAUUUAUAAAAUUAGGUCCAUUCCAGAAUAAAGUUUAAAGUUCGAAUGCAAUUAAUUUAGUUUAGUUAACAUCUGUAUUUUGUACUGCAGACAUUGAGACGGACAAGGACGAACCAUGACCUUACGACUGAUGACUUCAUAUCACGAAGAACGACCAGUGAACAAGUUUUCAAUAUGACUGGACAACCACUGAACCGAUUAACCAACCAACUGAACCGUUGACAACUCUCAAGCAAACGACAUUAUUGACUGCUCAAGCGCGAUUGUAAUAGCAAUUCAUGCGACUUGUUUAAGGCUUAACUCCUUAAGCUUUAUUUAGUUGAGACCUAGUACACACAUGUACAAAUCUCACAUCUUGCAGUGAGUUGUGAACAAUUUGAAUUCUCAACAGGCUUGUAGCAGGCUUGUGAACAAGUUGUAAAAUUAUGUUGUUAUUAGAAAGUUUGAGCAAGACACAAAAAUAUCAAGUGCGUCUUCGUACUGUAUUUGUUGCCUUGCUCAAACUUUGCUGCUGCAAAAGUUGCUCCAAGGUUGUAUUUUCAUAACCGACUUGUGAAUAAGUUGCUAAUUCCAGGAUGGUGACAAAUUGUUGCAUCUGUUGACUUUGUAGCAACGUCUCAACUUGCCAGGCCUUUUUUAAGGAUUUUCCCGUGUGGUGGUGGCAUUUUAUGAAAAGGGACCUUUCUAUGACAUAAUAUAUUAGAGAGGGAUAGCCAUGGCCCAAGGCCCCGUGCGUGGCCGGCAUACCACGCAUGAAUAGGGAGGUCUGAGGGUCAUACUCCCAUGUUUGAAAUUUGAAGCCCGGAAAUGUCAUUUCCUGCAUUUCGAGCAUCCAAAUUUGCUUUAAAAUUUAUGCUAACUAUACUUGUUUUUGAAAUAAAAGAAGGAAAAAACGCAUUAACAAUAAUUUGUCAUUACUUAGUGUUAGAUAAACGUAACAAUUUAAGUCGAUUUUGUUAAACAAGGACAAAGGAUGAGGCAUAAAACUUACUUUCCGUUUAUCUAUUUGUUAUUUUUCGCUUUUAUUUGUUUGUAUAAAUUUAGGAAAAAGGGACUUUUCCUGGGGGGAUGUGAUUUCAGGGGGGGCACAAGGGGGUUGAAGGGGCAUUUGCCCCACCACACCCCAACUUUAUGUCAAAAAGACCCUGCAACUUGCUGCUGAUAUAGACACUUAAUAGCAAGUCUGCUGCAGGUUUUAACAUGCAACUUGUGCGUUUUUAUGUAUGUAUACUUAACUAUUUGACUGAUUUUCUUUGCAAUAAUAUUCAGCAAAACUAUUGGUUGGAAUAUCUCGGUAUCGGGAUCUCAAACGAUAAGAACCUGUACGAUUUGGGAUAUUAAGAUCCACAUUCCUACGCCCUAAAAUAUUAACUGACUUGGUAUAAUUACAAUGAUUACUGUAAAAAAUUUUCUUUACAAUACAAUUUUAAUUUACAAUUACAGACUAUUUGUUACUUAUUGAAACCAAAUAUAUGAGCCAUACCUUGAACAGUUCGCAGCUACACUGACUAAAUUCAACAAUCAAUGACUUUCCGGUAUCUUUAUGAAUUAUGGCUUGGGUCUUGCCGUUCCCAGGGCUUCUCGUUCCCAGGGCUUCCCGUAGUAAGCUGAAGUAAGGCCAUAUUCAAAUUGUUAUCGGAUGCACAAACCACAUACAGAAGGGCCACUUACGUCGGGUUUGAAGUUUCUGUCCUCGCGCAUGUCGCAUUACGCAUGUUGGCCGCCAUUUUCCUAGCCAGUCAAUGGCAUUUUUUGGCCAAUAAACACGUACUAGCUGUGAGGAUACGUUGCACCGCUGAGUUACAUUGAAUUCAGUUGAGCUUUGUUACUGAUUUUUAUUCUGUUGCACAGACAUUGCGAGGUGUACAUUACAAAUUUGUAAUGUUCGUAGCAAACUUAGCACGAAGUCUCGAUGACCUAGUUCAAAGGAAGAAAAUUAUAACAGUGCGUACAUUAUCUUUCAAAGAACAGAAUCCAGGCAUAGCGGAUUAUAGAUCAUACCAGAUGUCUCACUGUGUAUCUAUCCCUAUGAUUUUCGUGUCAGCGAUUUUCGCGCGUGCGACACUUACUGCCAAAAUGCGUGAAUUACACUUACUGCCAAAAUGGCGGCCAACGCGUGUUCAUAAAAAAUUGCGGACACAAUUUUGGCUGAGUGAUUCAUCUGGUAUUAUCUAUCAUCUGUGAUCCAGGCCAGUGUUUCCGACCCACAAAAAUUUGUUUCAAAACUUGAUGAUACUUCGUUGAAAGUUCUUCGAUCUUGUCUAUUUUGUGUCGAUAUAUAUGUGAUCAAGUUUUCUGUAAUGAUUGUGGUUUCAAUCUCAUCUUCGCGCAUGCGCGGACGUUAGCUAUUGGAUCUUAAAAUCAAUUUUCAGUCCCGGUCUGGACCCUAGGGCUUUUAUUGCCCAAUCUUCCCCUGUGACAAAGCGCUUCAAUAGAAAUAGAUGUAGAGAAAAUAAAGCACUGCAAUAAAAAUAGAGAAAAUACACUCAAAUUUAUCACACGAGAAAUGCAUAAAGAGUAAGACAUGCAAUUUCAAUAUCGGUGUUAUGUAUAACUGAAAUAAAUUCGAUAUACCUUGACCGGAAAAUUCUCAAGUAAACCUCUGGGGGCUUAUUUAUUUCAGACCCGUUUAAAGGACGUUUUGUAGGGGAGGGGUAUGAAUAGAGAGGAGGCCUUUUUUAGCCGAAGUGAAGUGAGAAUAAGAAAGUACUAAACGUCCAUGAGUUAAAAUGUAGGAAUAGAAGUGUAAUCAGCAAAUCAGCACACAUAUAUUUCUUUGUUGUGAGUGGGUUCUGUAGAGUGGAGGUUGAAUAAGUUUUAUCCUCUAAAUGGGGUGGCUUAGUAGAGCCGGAGAGGGAAAGUUUAUUUGAGUGGAGUGGUCCUAAUAAAGGAUUACGGUAGUCUAUCAACCAGGGCGCUUAUAUAUUGGGUGGUGCAACGCUAGUAAUUUCAAUAAGAGCCUUGCUAUCGACAGCUAUGCUCAGUCUGUUCAUAUUAUAUACAUGAACUUGCGGUUAAAGCUCGACAACUGGACUCUGUAGCUUAAUUGGUUAGAGCACUGUACCGGAAUCGCAGGGCAGCAGGUUCGAUUCCUGCCGGGGACCUAAGUUGCAUUUUUCGCGGUUGUUCCUGUUCAGGACUAAUAAAUGUUGUAUAUAAAUUUCCACUCGAUAAUUUCCAUCUACAAAACCCUUCAACUAUUAUUCAAUCGAGUGAGAUGCCAUCAAAAUCUUGAUAUUUGCCCAUAACUUAACAUGGCAGUACCCUAGUAUAUACUGUAUACAUGAACUCGACAACUGCACUCUGUGGCUCAGUUGGUUCUCUAGCGCUGCACCGGAAUCGCAGGGCCCCAUGUUCGAUUCCUGCUGGAGGGCUAAUAGCAGUGGUGUCAAGUAACGAAGUAAAUGUACUUCGUUCCUGUACUUGAGUACUAUUUUUGAGAAGUUAGCAUGUAACAAAGUAAACUUUUUCUGGAGUACUUUUACUUGGAACGAUGUCGUUUUAAGAUGUAACGUUUUACUUCGUUAUUUUCAUUUUGUGGGGAAGUAUUUCGUUACUUUCUAACUGUUGUUUAAUUUUACGUGAUUUACUUUGAUUUUGGGAUAGGUAAUAGGACCUCUACAUGAGCCUGGGAUCUCUCGUUUGUGGCUUACUUAUAAGUAUUAUUUAUUUAAUGGGUUUCUUAUAUCUUCAACGGGGUCUGGAAAGUAGACCAUGUCGUGAAAUAUUGCAUAUUUAUAUUGCGUGUGAUGUUUUGUGUUUUUUUGUAUGUCAAUCCAUCAAUGGAGAGGUCCCCUCCCUACACGCUACAGACAAUAGUACUUUUACUUUGUACUUCAAGUAUUUUUUAAGGAUACUUUGGACUUUUUACUUAAGUACGUUUUGCCUCCAGUACUUUUUACUCUUACUCAAGUCGUUUUAUUGUCAAUUGCUUCCACUUUUACUCGAGUACAAAUUCAAAGUAAUUUAGGCACCACUGGCUAAUAGUUGCAUUAUUUGCAGCUGUUCCUGGUAAGUCUAAAUAAAUAUGUAUAAAAUUUACACUCCAAAUUUCCUCCUACACAAUCCUUCAACAUUACUCAUUAUUUCUGUUACACAACCCUGCAUGGUAAGUGUCAAUAUAUGCUGUCACUGACUGGUUUCAUUGUUAGCUUUAUUUCAUUUUGUUUUUCUUUAGACACUCAAAGCAAUGUAAUAUUAAAAGAAAAUACAGGAAAUGCUGAAUAUAGUAAAACAAAUGAACUUGACAAUAACACAUCUAAAAAUACUGGUCAUAAUAACCUACUAAGUGAUCUUGCGAGAAUAUCGAAAGAUGAAGAGACAAAUGCUGGAAAUAGACAGACAAUUGUUGGUACAGAAGUCAGUGCUGUCACUGUUAAGAACUCUAAGGCGAGUUCUGAGAAUUCUAAUAGUCGUACCAUAGUGACAGGCACACCUACUGUAACGGAGUCGCCUACUUCAAGUUAUGUCACCUCUUCUACUCCUACAAGUGUGACGACAGAUAGUGCAGGUACAUCAGCAAAUGCCGACAAUGACAUGAGCCUUGUAAGAUUAUCAGAACCAACUCAUAUUGAGUUAGGUAAGAGUAAAGAUGAAGAAAAUCCAUUUUCAAAAUUGAUAACAUCCAAUGAAAACGCUCCAGCAGAAGAAAAGUCGAAUGAUGCUGUGAAUAAACCACAAGAGCUCUCUCCUUUGAUAAGCGAGAGAACCGAGAGUGCUCCUGGUGAGAGUAGUGAGAACAAAGAAUCAGCUUUUACUACUUCAGUUCCUGCUGUUGAUGAAUCUAGACAGCAAGAAACUAAGUAUAAUGGUGAAACAAAAAAUGGGCAAACGGUGGAAGACAAUUCAUCAGCAAAUGUUCAAGAUGAUGGAGCAAAAUCUGGACUGGAAUCAAACAAUGCCAAUAAAGGUGUAAAGGAUGUUGCAACUGGUAAGAGUCUAUACACAUUUGUCAUAACACAUUUUCCUUGUUCAAAUUUUAAACCAUGGGACUUUAAUAUCGAAACAGUUGGUCUGUCGUCUUAGCUUUAUAUAUACAGUAGCAAUCAUUUCUGUAAACUGUCUUUUUGGUGGCCUUCGAAUUUUUUAUACGUACAGUACUGCAUCGUACACUUGUAUCUAUUCAAUGAAAAGAAAUAGUGAUACGGAAUUUGUUAAUAAAAUUUAAAUUUUGAGACACUAUAUUGAAAUGGGCAAAUUAAAAUUUUCCUUGAUAUGAGAUCCCAAUCUUGAAAUCCUUAUCGGAUGCUGCAUUCAAAUAAGACAUGAAGCAAUACAUAGUUAUCCUUUGGCGCUUUGGACUACAACGUAUAUAGCUUUAAGGUAUCCCCGAGCAAAGGCAAAGCGGAGAAGUCGAAUACGAGCGCGAAAGACUGCGGGGAAUCGCUAAAAAUUCAUUAAUUUGUUGGCGAUUCUCAGCAAGCCUUUCGCGCUCGUAUUCGACUUUUCCGCUUUGCUCGGGGACAACCUUAAUUGAAAUAGCUGUAUAGAAUAUUUACUGUACUUUUUAGAUCAUGUUGUUGUAUGUGCUGGUGAAAAACAAACCAUCUCAUGUCCAGCUGACACCGCUCUUAAUAUAACCAGUGCCGACUAUGGUUACGACAGUAACAGUGGUUGUCCUAUUGACAGUGGUUCAACAUCAUGUCAAGCUAAUGGUGUUUAUCCAGUUGUAAGAUCUGCUUGUCAAGGACAAGCUUCGUGUUUGCUACAGUCAGAUGGACAAGAAUUUGGUGGUAUGUGUCCUGGACAGAAUAAUUUUUUAAAAGUCGGAUAUUCUUGUCGAAACGGAGAACCAUCGUCUUCAUCUUAUUCAGUAUCUUCACCAGCAGCAGCAACAUCACCCCAAACGCCUGCAAGUAAGUGCCCUCGUUCUUCAUUACUUUUAUUUAGGUAUUAGUAGAUAAAGAUGUAGGGUAAUAAAGUCAAAAUUAAUGUGUUUUUGAAUGACAGUAUGACUAUAGUUUUCCCUACCAGACAUUUUAUACUAAUAAAUUAUUGUUCACUAAUUUUUCAUAUAGGUUCCUAUGCCUACCAAACCUCACCAUAUAUCCCACAUCCUGUACAGUCGACUCAACCAACAUCGUACUAUAAUAAUUAUGCCUACAAUCAGCCUAAGGCAAACAGCUACAGUAGUUAUGGUUACAACCAGCCCAAAUCAAACACUUACAAUACUGCAUACAUGAACGACAACAGUCCUGGAAAGACAAACUAUCCAUACAACGGUUACUAUAGAAACCAGAAUUAUUACAACUAUUAUAAUUCACCCAGUCGUGGUCGCCCUGCUCAACCAAUGCGAAAUCAGGCUCGGCCUCCCCCAACCAAUUAUUAUAGAUAUAAGCCAAGAUCACCACCUCGUAACCCAGCGAAACGUCCUCGGCCAGCUGCGCGUCCACAACCACCAAGAAAUAACUACGGUAGUCUGGUAAACGCACAAUAUCGAGACUACAGUAACAGAUACCUUCAACGCAACUACAAUAAUUAUUACAACAACAAAAAUACUUACUAUCACACAAGGCCCGGUUACUAUAAUACAAGAAGAAGUUACUACGGCAGAAGAAAUUAUGACCAGCGAAAUUCACCAUACAGGCAGACGAACAGUGGUCCGCAGUACCCACGUAAUUCGUACUUGGGCUCAUGUUAUGCAUGUCAGAACUGCCAACAGUGUUCAGAACAAGCGUAUUGCCAAGGUUGCCCCAAAUGCAAAGAAUUGCCGUGUAAUAAGAAGCCGCCAAAAGAAGAGAGGUACAUGGACCCUAUUGAUAGUUUGGUUGAGGAAUUUGGAAAGAAAACUAAAGGUAUGAUUGUUAGUUAAGGCCCACACAGACUGAGCGCGAUUCGGAAACGCGACGCGAAUUUUCAGUUUAUAAAACAAAUAAAACCGUCAACGGAUAAAAAUUUACAAGAUAUGCAGACCAAAUAGCUAAAAUUGCUUAAGCGGUUCCAAAUAUUUGAAAAACAUAGAAAAAUAGUAAAGUUAAAUGUGAUUGAAAAUUGAAAAUUCGCGUCGCGUUGCCAAACGCGUCCGGUCUGUAUAGGCCUUUAAUCUGGUAACUGCAUCCUCCACUGGCCCCUGUUACCCAUGAAAUUUCACAUACAAAUUCUGCGGGCCAGAUCUGGUAACAUGGAAAAGGACUGGGACUAAUUGUAGAUUAAAAUUACCGAAUGUGUUGUCUAAUGUAUUGGACUUGGUACCCCCAUUUUAUGAUAGAAUCAUGCUUUUUAUCAUUAAUUUAAAGGCUGGUUUACACUAUCGACGUUUCUGUGAUCACAGUCGGAAUUUUGUAUGGGACUGGUGAGGUAAAUUGUACGUGUUGAAGGAUUGUAAUAAAUGCUUCAGGACACUGACUCGUGUGUUAACAUUGACUCAGUUCCAUCAAACAUUUCUUACAAAUCCUUAUUUUAUUUUACUUAUUAAAAAUUAUUUUGUCCUAUGUCCACUUUUUGGUAAUAGGACAUAGGACAAAAUAAUUCUAACCUGACGCUAUGCAAAAUUCGUACCGUGAUCAAUAUGAAACUUUGAUAGUGUAAACCAGCGUUAAGAGAUUUUGGAAGUUUUAUUACUAGUUUCAAUAAACGACAAGGAAACGAACUGAUAAGUAUAGCUAAAAUUAAUUUUUAUUUUCUAUUUGCCCAACGUCAAUCAAUUGGAACUGAUGAUUUUUCCUUUUAAAGAUUACCAACUGGAGUGAAAAUUAAAAACGACAACGAUAUGUUUUAUUUUUAACAUGUAGGAAUGACUCCGAUGGAAAUGUCAGCAGUAGUGAUUUCGCCAGCUCCCAAGGUUCCAGAGAUCGCUCAUUCUCUGCCACUUCAACCUCCACCCAAGCCUCUUGAAGAAGACGACGAUGAUGACGACGACAGUGAUGAAAAUGAAUUUACAUUAUCUGAAGAUGAAAGCAAUAAUCAUGAAAUCGAAGAUCAUGAAAGUACCGAGAGUCAAAAGAAAACGUCGGUGUCAACAUCUAACUCCAGGUAGGUUUUCAUUUCUUCUGACUGUUGUGAUCUAUCUGGCAGAAUAGGAAUACUUUAAAUUUCCUCUAUUUGUUUUUAGUAUAAUUUCAGUAUUGAAAAAUGGCCUUUGAGUAUUCUGAUUGGCUCCCUCAGCAGUAACUCUGAGGCAAUAGUUACUGCUUAGACUGCUCGGAUCGGUAAUCGGCUCAUCACUAACUAUAAUUCCCGCCAAAGUUUCCCUUUUUCCAAUGGAGAAAUUCAUACGACAGCACUGAGUGGUAAUUUUGUUAUCUCGACGAUCACGCAGUAGCUUGCCUCAAAUGAAUAAGAAGAUCGAGUCUGAUGAAAAUAUAAUUGGAUUUUUGAAAUAUUAAGAACGAACUGAGCUUUGUACUUCAGUCAGCCUUCCCCAUUUUACUUAACGGCCCUGACGUUCGUCCUACGUCCCAGAGUAUGUUCCCCUCCGUAAACAUGUCGUUGCUAUCGAUUCGACCGGCCCGAUCAACCAUAUCGCACCCCCGUAUAUGCCAGUGUAGGGCUCGAUCCACCCUACCGGUUCAAACCUCUUUGGCUCUUUCCCUCCUCGAUCGUCUCUGUCGCUGCACAUUUUAUACACGUCCAACUAGUCACAGAGCUGGCGUUUCAUAGACCACCAAGCAUCUCCACUUCUUCUGGAAGUGUGAUUGUAGUACACUCGGCACUCGAGAACAGCUAGAUAAAAGUAACUCGGUUAUGUAGUUGAAUACCAAAGUGUCCACAUGACCGUAAAGGACUAAAAACGCCAAUGCUUGACCCACGCUCAUGGCCUCGGUCAAAUUGCCUCAACGGUACUACAACCCUCCAAUAAACUCGCCAGAUUGGCAUAACGUGUUACUGGGUAUAGAUAGUUAACUAAUACUAAAUUUUUAAUUGUAUAGUGUGCAUUCUGCAAAACACAAGCAAUCAAAAGACAAAGCGAAGCAAGGUGAAAAGAGAAAUAAGAUAUAUCACCGAAAACCCCAAAUCAAUAAAAUUUACGACGACGACGAUGAUGAAGAUGGUUAUGAUUUAAAAGUUUAUCAAAAUUUGUUGAAGAAACCAAAGAAAAGUAAAAUUCGUCGCCAUAAAAAUGCUCAUUCCAAGAGAAGGAAGUCAAGAAAGCGUCUUCACAAACGUUGGUAUGAUGAAAAUCUGUCAGAAGUUACCGGAGAAAAUGAUUUUGAUAUAGGGGGAAAUGAAGACAGACCUGUUCAAAGCCCGUAUUAUUAUGAUGGUGCUAUGUUUUGGUAAAAUAGUUUGAAGUAUUCACUAUAAAUACUGUAAUGAACAGGUUGAUAGACAUGUGGAGAUUUUUGUCAGAACUCUACAAUUAAUCAAUAUGACUAUUACUUCCAAUCUCAUUGACCAAUCUCAUGUGAGAAAUAGUCCGUAAAUUGACGAAAUACGUUUUGAAGAAUACGUCUAACGUGUUCUUUCAAACGAAACACUAAGGUUCAUUACGACUUAGUGAGAUGGAUAAAGAAACUUUUGUAUAUAACAAGGCAAUAGCACACUGUAAAUUUAAAAGAGUCAACAUGAAGUCAAAAGAGUCGCUGUGGAAUCCUAUUUGGUUCACCCUAGAACGACUCUUUUGAGUUCAUUUCAACUCUUUUGAAUGUACAGUGCAUAAUUGUAAUAAUACAGUGCAUCGCAUCUUGUUUGACCUGGUUCCUGUAACAUUCUUGAAUUUGGAAAUUUAGCAUUUGUGAAAGCUAAAUGUCGAAUUGACCCAAAAACCAUGGAAAGUACGUCACCUUACGGCCUGUCUACGCGAUUCGAUUAGCCGUAUAGGUUUGUCAUUCUGGCGUAUGAAAAUUACUGCCAGAAUUCCUAUUCAUUCAGUUUAUGGCGAAAUUUAUUUAGGCGUGUUUAUUCGAUUAUAGCAAAAGCGACCUCACACGCUUUCCUUUAAAGGUGUAUCCGGGUUGCGGGGUUGGUUAAGUGUAGUGAAUAUAAUUCCUCAGUUUUGGCACAUUUCCCAAGUUAUAUAGGAAUUUAUUGCAUGUUUGCUAAUUUGUUUCCAGCAGACCAUGUACAAAUAUGCAUAGACUAUAGUUUAACUUUGAGCUCAAUUAAUGUAAAUGGUCAGACAAGAUUAGCCUCCACCCGCGGGCAUCGCCUUUAGAUUGGCGGGAAGAAUUUGGUUGCUGGUUUCUAAACCCAAAUAACCCAUGACAGGUGAAUUACGAGAUGCCUGCGGAAGAGGUUACGAUAUGUAGUGUAAAUAUCGCUUGAUCGUGAAGAAAAAUGUACAUUGUUUUUUAAUAAAUUGUAACUGCGAAG